CGGGCGGCGCGGGCGGGGCGCGGGCCCGGGAGGCCAUUGGCUGCGCGCGCGGGGGGACUGUUCGCUCCUACGGGCUGUAGAUGGAGCUGUCCGGCCCGGGCGAGGGGGACGGCGCCCGCGCUCGGUUCUUCUUCUCGGCGGCCGGCCCGAGCGGGGCUCAGCACUCCCAGGAUGCAGUUUGUGUCAACACGGCCGCAGCCGCAGCAGCUGGGCCUGCAGGGCCUGGGGCUGGACGGCGGCAGCUGGGGCUGGGCGCAGGCGCUGCCCGCCGACGAGGUGUGCCACCAGGAGCCGGCGCUGCGCGGGGACAUGGCCGAGGGGAUGCCGCCCAUGCAGGCUCAAGAGUGGGACAUGGACGCCCGGCGGCCGAUGCCCUUCCAGUUCCCGCCCUUCCCGGACCGGGCGCCCGUCUUCCCUGACCGGAUGAUGCGGGAACCCCAGCUGCCCACGGCCGAGAUCUCGCUCUGGACCGUGGUGGCCGCCAUCCAGGCCGUGGAGAGGAAGGUGGACGCGCAGGCCAGCCAGCUGCUGAACCUGGAGGGCAGGACGGGCACGGCCGAGAAGAAGCUGGCGGACUGCGAGAAGACGGCCGUGGAGUUCGGCAACCACAUGGAGGGCAAGUGGGCGGUGCUGGGCACCCUGCUGCAGGAGUACGGGCUGCUGCAGCGGCGCCUGGAGAACAUGGAGAACCUGCUGCGGAACCGCAACUUCUGGGUGCUGCGCCUGCCGCCCGGCAGCAAGGGCGAAGUCCCCAAGGUGCCCGUGACCUUCGUGGACAUCGCCGUGUAUUUCUCUGAGGACGAGUGGCAGAACCUGGACGAGUGGCAGAAGGAGCUGUACCACAACCUGGUGAAGGAGAACUACCGGACGCUCAUGUCCCUGGACGCUGAGGCGCCGCCGCCCAAGUCCGACGGCCCGUCGCAGCCCGAGCCCCGGGAGGAGCCGUGUGUGUGGGAGCAGCGCGAGCCCGAGGACAGGGACAUCCUCCUGGAGCCCGACCCAGAAGCAGAGGCCCUGGUGCCUGCGCAGGACGCGGCCUCGCAGGUGAAGCGUGAAGCCCCUCUGUGUGACCGCGCCCAGCGGGGGCUGGAGGACAGAGCCGUGGCCACGGAGUCCAUUACUGCAGACUCGCCGGCCUCGGGCCCGGACCUCCUGUCCCGCAUCAAACAGGAAGAGGCCCCGUGCGUGUGGGACCAGCAGGACCUGACCGACAGGGAUAUCCCCACAGACCCCAAUUCAGAGUCGCUGCUCUCGGCGCACGACAUCCUGUCCUGGAUCAAGCAGGAGGAGCAGCCGUACCCCUGGGGCGCGCGCGACUCCAUGGACGGAGAGCUCGGGCUGGACUCCGGCCCCAGUGACAGCCUGCUCAUGGUGAAGAACCCGACCCCGGCGCCCCCGCAGCCACCGCCCGCGGCUGCCCCGCCGAGCCUGCCCGCGCUGCCCGCCUCCGAGACGGCGGGCACGGCGGGGACCCCGAGCCGGGGCGCGGGCGCCCUGCUGGACGAGGCCUUCCCCGCGCUGCCCGGGGAGCGGGGCGCGGGCGCGGGCGCGGCGGGGAGCGGGGCGGCGCCGGGCGGCGGGGAGGGCGGCGGCGGCGGCGGCGGCAGCAACAGCAGCAACAGCGGCAGCAACAGUGGCAACAGCAGCAGCAGCGGCAACGGCAGCAGCAGCGGCGGCGGCGGUGGCGGCGGCACCGGCCCCGCGGGCGGCGCGGGGGGCGCGGCGGCGGGGGCGGCGGGGGGCUGCGGCAGCUGCUGCGCGGGCGGGCUGCGGCGGAGCCUCCUGGUGCACGGCGGCGGCGGCGGCGGCGGCGGCGCCCGCAGCAAGCCCUACUCCUGCCCCGAGUGCGGCAAGAGCUUCGGCGUGCGCAAGAGCCUCAUCAUCCACCACCGCAGCCACACCAAGGAGCGGCCCUACGAGUGCCCCGAGUGCGCCAAGAGCUUCAACUGCCACUCGGGCCUCAUCCGCCACCAGAUGACGCACCGCGGCGAGCGGCCCUACAAGUGCUCCGAGUGCGACAAGACGUACAGCCGCAAGGAGCACCUGCAGAACCACCAGCGGCUGCACACGGGCGAGCGGCCGUUCCAGUGCGCGCUGUGCGGCAAGAGCUUCAUCCGCAAGCAGAACCUGCUCAAGCACCAGCGCAUCCACACGGGCGAGCGGCCCUACGCCUGCGCCGAGUGCGGCAAGAGCUUCCGCUACAAGGAGUCGCUCAAGGACCACCUGCGCGUGCACGGCGGCGGCGCGGGGCUGGGUGCGCCCCGGCCCCCGCAGGCACCCCCCGAGCGGGACUAGGGCUGGGCCGGGGGGGCGGCCGGGGCCCCGCGCCCCCGCCGCCUUCUCGGCGCGCCCCCUCCCGCCCGCUGCCUGCUGGCCGUCUGCUGGAACCGAACUCGCACCCCGACCCGGGGGUGGGGGCGCCCCCCCCACCCCGGCACCUGGCCAGCCCGGACGCGUCGCUCGGCCCCCCCGGCUCGGGCUGGAGGAGAGUUGGUGGUCCCCGCCCCCCAGGGUUGGCCGAGCAGCUUCUUGCAAGGAGGGGCCAGCCACACACGGGGCGUGGGGGGCAACCUCGCCCUGACCCCCGGCGUGAAGUCCCGGUCGCGGUCACGGGGGUCCGCGGGCCCCCUCGGAGAGACGGACUUGGGGUCCCAGGGUCCGGAGGCGCCGAGUGAAGGGUACCAUCUUCUCGACACUGCCUCGCGUUUCGGUAGCGCUUUAUACUUUUUGUAAACGUGUUUUCUAUCCGGUAACCACUCGCUCCCUUCGCCCGGCCCGGCGGGGUGGCGCGCCCCCGACUCCGAGGACAGCGGCCCGGGGGUACGCGUUGACCCGGGACGGCCGGACCCACGCACGGCUACCUCCCGAGGGACCCCCGGGCCCGCCGUGCUCCCGGAGGCUCCUCCAGGGCCCCUGGGCGGUGGGACCCGCCCCAGCCCGGCCCUCCCCGCACAGGCAGCUAGCUGGUGACCUCCGCUGGCCAGGGGCUCGGGGUAGCCCUCCUGGAGGCGACUCUCUGGGGCCGGGCAAGUGGGUGCUAGAAUCUGAGCGCUCAGUCUGUCUUCCCUGAGCCUCCCAGCUGGUGCUAUGUGCCCCUUCCUCUCCCUUCCCCCGCUCCCAGCCCCCGGGCUCGUGGACACGGACAUAGCCCCCCACCCUCCCUCCGCCUGGGUGUGGGCACAUCUGCUCCCCAGGGCCCCGCCGUCUCCAUUUCUGUGUCUUGCAUGGCACCAGGGUUCCUCAUGUGUGUCUGACCCUGCCUGCGCCUCCCGGCCUCCCCGGACCUGCGCCCCGGCUGUGCUCAGACCCCUCCUCUCGCCAGGCGAGGGAAUUCUCGGAGUUAAAUAAAAGGCGUCCACUUUGCAGCCUGCACCUGCUCCAGGACGGUGGGGAGGGGGUUCCCCAGGGCUUCCCGCUGCAGUGGGGAGCCAUGCAAUUGGGGGGGUCCCUUACAGUGCCCUGGCCUGCUCACGGGAAGAGGCACAGAGCCCCUGAGCCAGGAUGUGUGCUGGUCAGUGCAGGCGGAAGGGAAGCCCGGGCCGCUGUGGGGGCUGGGCGCGACCACAAGCGGGACCUCAGGAUCUUGGGGUGGGGGCUGAGGACCCACUCUGCGUCCUGGAAGCCUGCCCGCCGGGUCCUUCCCAGCGCCACUGGGUGUGGCCCAAGACACACACUAGACAUUUUUUUGCUGGCCAGAUGGAUGGCACGGGGGGUGGGCGCUUUCCUCGUCCGCGGCCGGCCUGGAUUCAAUCCCCAGCACCCUAGAGAUGGUUUCCUGAGCUCCGCCACGAGUGAUGCCUGAGCACCAUCAGGUGUGGCCCAAGAACCAAAAAAAUAAAGAAAAUAAUUUAAAAAAAUAAAUAAAACAAGGAAAAUGAGACCAGCUUGUUUUUGUUUGGGGGCCACAGGAGCUGCUCCCAGCUUGUUCCCUGGGGUCAUUCCUGGUGAUGCUCAGGGGGACCGAGCAGUGCAAGCGGGGCCUCAGCCCAGCGGGUCUCCCUUCCCCUCCCCCCAGCUCUUGCAGGGAUGAGGAGGGGAGACGCCUCCACUGAGACGCCGGCUCCAGCCGGUCCCUUGACUUUUCCCCUCAAGGAGCUGAUUUCCAAAGAGGCCAGGGGCUCGCCCGAGGGUGCAGUGGUAGGCUCUGCGGUCUGUUCCAGUGCCUCAGCCCCACGCCCAGUGACCCCCGCCUCCAGCACCGCUGCGGGGCGCCCUCAGUGAGCCCCCGCGGCCGAGUCGAGCUGGUGAUACCCCGGGGUGGACAAGGCGGUCUGCUCUGCAGCAAGGCAGCGUCUGGCUGGAGGUGGGGGGGAUUUUUAUUUUCCUUCUGAUACUGUGUUCAUUAAAAUGCUUUGGAUUCAAAUACUCAUGCAUGCGGUAAAAACAAAUCAUAAUAAAAAGACAAGUCAAAGAGGAAAA